AUGACACACGACAUUGAUGAACACUAUAUCUUCAACAAGCUCGAUAUACGUCGUUUGUGGAAUGAUGACGAUGGUCAUCUUAAACGCUUUUUCGAUAAAGGUCUGAGUGCGCUCUUAGCCGACAAGUACUUUUUGCUUCUAUACGUACCUAAAGAUGGAGCCAAAAUGCGAAUCAUACGACCUGCUACUGAUCCAUACCAUCGAAAACGGAUAAUCACGAGGAUCAACAACGCCAAAUCCAUUCCAUCCUUUUACUAUGCGUUGUCACAUCUUUGGGGCAUUUCAAAAGACAACCCACAAUUGUGGGAGGAAAUCGGCGACUACGUGGAUGAUAUAGAUGGACAACCUGCAGCUCCUGUUUCGAUGCGACCUGAAAAAUGCGCCACAUUACUUGCACUGCUCAGGGCUCAUCCCAACAGUUAUUGGUGGAUCGAUGUUUUAUGUGCACGUACCGAUACACCCUUGGACAUCAUGGGCGACAUUUAUUCCUGUUGUCUUGAGUGCAUUGCCAUGAUCGAUUGUGAGCCUAGCCUACUAUCAAAUUUUCGUACUAAGAAGAAUAUGAGGGAGGAGCUCUAUGUCCUAGGAAACCUGUCAAUUGGAAAGGACUUCUUACGCGGCAAACGUUUGUACACGAAAUACCCUCAUCUUCAUGCGCAGGUGAACCAGUUGAAGCAAAGUGAAUGGUGGAAGCGCGUUUGGACUUGGCAAGAGAUGGCUCUACCUUAUGGAACUGUGCGUUUUAUAGCAGAAACUGACGAUGAACACUUUCAAACCAACACGACGACGCUGGAUGCUUUAAUUAACUGCUUCAAAAACUUAUGCGAUAUUUUAUUGUAUCUUAAAAUGGAUGACAUCGAAGGCCGCAAAGAUAAAAACAGGAAGCCUGGGAAUUUUAGAUCAAGGUUUAUGUUUGAGAUAUGCCAAGCUAGAGCUUUCAACAAACAUCGUAUCGGAAAGAAGAGCGCAUCAGGAUUUUUCUCCUUAAUAAUGUCAUUGUCUGUAUCCCGUAGACGCUGCAUGGAUCCUGUUGAUUAUGUCUACGGUGUGCUUGGCAUGUUCCAGAUUAAAAUUCCAAGGAUGAGCGAUCCGGCUGCAGUUUGGCAAAGAUUUUUGUCUGAGCUUCAGCAGUAUAUGGAGCCUAUGAAGAAUGACAGAAUUGUGAUGGACGGCGCAAUGUAUAAAAUCGGCACGCUCGAUGAUCGCACAUGCCCGAAUGAUUUACAGAAAGCUAAAAAUAUGUCUUAUGUGUACCGCAAAUUAUACCAUCUCAUUACCGAAAAUAUUGAGAGUGACAGUGACAGUGACAGUUACAGUUAUAGUGACAGCGACAGCGACAAUUACAGUUACAGUUACAGUGAUAGUGAAUAA